CGGACGACAGGACUUCAUCCGCCGCCGCAUUGCGAUGGGUGUCCCCAUUGCCUCGCCCGCCGGUGAGGCCGUGUACAAGGGAGAGGUCGUCAUCGAGAACUUCCAGCACAGGUGACCAACGCGGCCGCGCCCCGCUGCUGGCGCGGUCGGGAGCGCCCGCCGCGCGCGCGCGCGAGGCCCCCUUCGUAUGGGCGGGCAGAGCCCACCGCGCACCGCGAGGGCCUUGCGCAGACGGCUGCGGUGUCCGGCGGCUGCUCGGCGUCGAUCGUCCCGGCCGGCUGCGCUCGAGGAGUGGCUCCCCUGGGCCGAGGGGACCCGCCGGUGCUCGCGGCCCUUCGCUGCCCUUCGCCCGUUUUUUCCUAUUUUUUUGUGCCUUCUGCGUGCCCAGACCUCCGACGGCCUCGGUGUGCUCGAGCCUUGGGACCCCGGACCGCCCCUGCCACGAGCCUGCCAGCGCAGGGCCCCCUCGCCGCGGGGGCGCGGGGGCGGGCCCGUGGCUCGGCGCCCGCCUGGCUCCGCGUCCCUCCCACCUCCUCGCCCUCGGUCCCCGCCCGCAUCGCCUCCGCUUCGCUUCCCCCCCCCCCGACCCCCCUGGCCCCCCCGCGGCCGGCGCGGGCCGCUGGCCCCCCAUCGCGCCCCGCGGGCGCGGGGUCCGGCUGCCGCCCCGGGCCCGCGGCGUAGCCCCGAGCGGGCGGGCCCGCCUCGCCGUUGGGCGAGGCUCUUUUUUGCCCUGUCCUACAGCGUGGAGGCCCAUGCCAAG